AUGCUCUUACCUGGCAAGUGGGGCGAUCGGGCUGCUCGGCUCGGCUGUCGAGCGGCUCAGCUGCACGGUGCUGGGCGACUCGGCUGUCGGGCGGCUCGGCUCCUGGGCGGCUUGGCUGCACGGUGCUGGGCGGCUCGGCUGUCGGGCGGCUCUGCUGCUGGGCGGCUCGACGCGCUGCGGGCGCUGGGCGGCGGGGCCGCAGGUGGCGGCGGGGCCUUAGGUGGCGGCGGGCCGCAAGGGUGGGCGGGGCCGCAGGUGCCGACGGGGCCGAAGUGGGCGACGGGGCCGCAUGGGUGGGCGGGGCCGCAGGUGGUGAUGGGGCCGAAGUGGGCGACGGGGCCGCAAGGGUGGGCGGGGCCGCAGGUGCCGACGGGGCCGAAGUGGGCGACGGGGCCGCAAGGGUGGGAGGGGCCGCAGGUGGCGACGGAGUCGCAGUGGUCAACGGGGCCGCAGGUGGCGACGGGGCCGUAA